AUGAGUGAUAUUGGUCACAACAGAACCUUACAGAGAGAUUUUAACCUUAUAGCUUUUUCCAGAUAUGGUGAUCUCCAGAUGGUGUUUUUUAUUGGGACCUUGUUGCUGUUUCUUCUUGCUACUCUUGGCAACAUGACUAUUAGUCUACUUGUAUGUCUUGUGCCACAUCUACACACUCCAAUGUACUUUUUUCUUUGUAAUCUAUCUGUCCAAGAUAUUCUUUAUGUAACGUCUAUUCUGCCAAAACUGAUGGCCAUCACUGCAACAUACAAUACCAAAAUAUCUUUUGCUGGAUGCAUUACACAGAUGUUUGUAUUUGUAUGCUGUGUCAGCACAGAGUUUUUCCUUUUGGCCUCUAUGGCCUAUGACCGAUAUGUGGCCAUUUGUAUUCCCCUACAUUAUUCUUUUAUAAUGAACAAAAAAUUAUGCACAAUAAUGGCUUCUGUAUCAUGGCUUCUUGGUUCUUUAAAUUCAAUUAUGUACUCUGUGCUAAUAUCUAAUUUAUCAUUUUGCAAUAACAAGGAAAUCAAUCAUCUGUUUUGCGAUGUUAAAACUAUGAUGUCUCUGUCCUGCAGUGAUUUCACAAAUAUUCGAACAAUAAUGACUGUUGAGGGUGCACUUUGGGGAUAUGUGCCAUUUCUAAUGAUUCUGAUAUCUUAUGUAUAUAUUAUUUCUACAAUUCUAAAGAUCCGCACCUCUGCAGGAAGACUCAAGAUAUUUUCUAGCUGCUCUUCCCAUCUGACUGUUGUGAUAAUAUUCUGUGUAACCUCUAUUGUUCUGAAUAUGAAACCAACCUCUGAACAUUCUCAGGAGCAAGAUAAGUUGCUGUCAAUGCUGUAUGUUGCUCUGGUUCCGAUGUUAAAUCCAUUAGUUUAUGCAUUGAGGAACAAAGAGGUUCUAAAAGCUGUGAAAAAAAUAGUUCACCAAAUGGGUGUAACACAUACAAAAAGAGACAAAGAUAUUGUCAGGAACAAUAUUAAAAACAAUUAG